AUGCAAUUUACUCAAGCCAUGUGCCAGCCACGACACGCCACGCCGCUUUUCCCAUUGGUGGUGUUGCUGCUGAUGUACUGCGCCACUGGGCGUAUUGCCGCUGCUGAUCCCGCCACACAAUACCGCUGUGGGUUUGACGAGAUGACGAGGAGGAGCGGCCCGCUGCCGACUGCGGUGGUGCGUGAGGUGCCGCGCAAGGGACAGGGCGCGAUGCAGGCGUACACCGUCGCCACACAGGAUGACGACAGUGACUGGAGGCCGAUCCGCAUCAAGGUGUCCACGGGGGAACUGGAGAAGAAACGUAAUAAAAAGAAGACGUUCUGCGAAGAGGCUGGGGAAACAUGCGAAACCGUCUCGGGGGAAAAGGUAGACUGCGAAGCAAGACACAUAUUGUCGAAUGAAAAGAAACAAUUGUACACUCAAAAGAUUAUCCCCGGUGCUGUCAAACUGCACGCUGAGCGGCUACUUGUGAAACCCACUGCUGAUAAAAUAACGGUUCCGAGGGGUCUGAAUGAACCGUGUAACCACUUUAAUCCUCCUAGUGAGCACAUAAGAGACGGUGUGCCUGAUGCUGACUUUAUCAUCUACGCCGCUGCUAGGCCAUCAGGCACUAAAAGCAGGGCUGUUUGGGCGGCCACGUGUAUCACAUGGGAUGAUUCUCGUCCCUCUAUUGGCGCCAUGAACUUUGAUCCAAAUUACAUGACUGACACGGCGUGGAGCGUUCGCGUUGCCGCACACGAACUUGCACAUGCUCUUGGGUUCAGCCAAAGGAAUAUGGAAGAAAAGGGCAUGUUGAACUCCGAAUACAUUGUGCGUGGGAGGAGUCGUUGGAUGGUGGCGGGGAAUCACGUUAAGGCGAAGACGCGAGCCCACUUUGGUUGUAAGACUCUCGAGGGAAUGGAGCUGGAGGACGAAGAUGGUGCAUCUGCAAGAAAGAUCCCUCACUGGAAGGAACGCCACGCGUGGGAUGAGCUGAUGGCUCCCACAGUCGGUGCCGGCUACUACACGGCUCUGACGAUGGCGGUGUUCGCGGAUAUGGGGUACUACCGCGUGAAUUGGAGCAUGGCGGAGCCGAUGAGCUGGGGCCACCGCAGUGGCUGCGACUUCCUGGAGAAGAAGUGCAGUGAAAUGACAGAUUUUCCCACCAGGUAUCCUCACAUGUUCUGCGAUGCUAAUGACAAUGAGACACUUCGCUGCACCUCUGACCGCCGUUACGUCGGGACGUGCACCGCAAACAUCGUUGAAAACAAGGGGUAUCCUGCGGAAAAGGACGUUUUCCCUGUUGUUUCUCUGUACUUUCACGAAACAUCGUCUGGGACAAAGUACAAUGCGUGCUCGGACGUGGCUGUGACUUCUCUCCCUGGGUCGCUGACUGGCGACGGCUCGUGGUGCCUGGAUGCGGAAUUGGUGGAGACGAAUGAUAACAGCAAACAUAAAAGCGUCAGGGGAGUCUGCGCGCAGGUGUCGUGUGAGGGGGGAACAGUGAAGGUGAAGUACCUCGGCAGCAGUGAUUUUCAGCCUUGCCCCGAGGACACUCAAAUCUCAGUGACAUUGAAUGGUUUUGAGCAAGAUGGAAAGAUCAAGUGCCCCACGUACGGCGAGGUGUGCACCAUUGCCGCCAACGGCAGCAGUAUUGUCAUUCCGAGAGCGUUGGAGGAUGAUAAGCGGGACGAGCGAGGAGAGGAAGGAGAAGCGGCUGUGGUUGCUCCGGCGUUGUCUCCUGGAGCGGAAGCUCUUACAAAGGCGUCCCCUGCCGAUUUGCCUGCUGAGGAGCACUCGUCUGAAGAGGGACCCAGUGAAGAAGCGUCCAUUGCAGAAGCGUCCAUUGCAGAAGCGUCCAUUGCUGAAGCGUCCACUGCAGAAGCGUCCAUUGCUGAAGCGUCCACUGCAGAAGCGUCCACUGCUGAAGCGUCCAUUGCUGAGGCGUCUCCUCCAGGUAAAAAUUCUGAAGCUCCAGUAGUGCAAGCGGCAUCGAAGCAGCCUCAACAAGAAAGUGAAGCAGAACAAAUGACAGCGGUGGAGGCAUCGGGCACUACACAGCAAGUGCCGGCGAAUUCAUCGCAGGGAAGUGUGGGGAGGGCGACGGUUUCGAACAUCCCUGCCGUUGGAGAAACAACGGGUGAUGGCGGCACCGUGCGUGAGAGCAGGGUGCUGCCGCUGCUUUUCCUGCUGUUGGGACUGUGGGGGUUUGCCGCUCUGUGA